ACCAAAUGGGAAAUGACGUGUUCACUGUCGGCACAAUUUCGCCAUCUUGUGCUGGCAGAGCGCAUUGAUUCAGUGUUGUGUAGUAGUAUCUACAGUAUGUCAAUUCCGCCGUGCUUCAGCUGUUAACUGCCACGGAAACCUGAAGGAAAAGGGAAGAGUUUCAGUGGGAGCAACAUGAGCGCUCAGGAUGAUCUCCCUCGCGAGUGGAUGGGUGGCCUUGACAGGGCCAGGGGCAAUGAUUGCUCACAAAUUACAACACCAACAGGGAAGAGCAGUUUGGGAGAAUACAACCACCACUUGCCUUUGGGAGACAGCUGUGAAACCUUGGAGCCUUCGAUCAUUGAGACCGGACCGCUCUUCCCACUAAUGGAGACCAAGCUGUACAAGCGGCGCUGGCUCAUGCUAUUCACCUUUAGCGUCUACUCCAUGAGCAAUGCCUUCAUGUGGCUGCAGUACGGCAUCAUUAGCAACAUCUUCAUGCGGUUCUACAACAUUGGCACCCUGGCCAUCGACUGGCUCUCCAUGAUCUAUUUCCUCACCUACAUCCCUUUCAUCCUGCCUGUAAUGUGGGCGCUGGACAACCGGGGCAUCAGGUACGUGGUUCUGGUGGGGUCUGCCUUCAACUGCAUCGGGGCUUGGAUCAAGACGAGCACGGCCCACCCUGACAUGUUCGCCAUGACCUUCUUGGGCCAGUUUGUAUGUUCGGUGGCCACGGUUUUUAUCCUGGGCAUCCCGUCCAGACUCGCAUCCCUCUGGUUUGGGCAGCAGGAGGUGUCCACCGCUUGUUCCAUUGGUGUUCUUGGAAACCAGAUGGGUAUCGCCAUUGGGUUCCUGGUCCCACCUAUCCUUGUGCCUAAUGUGGACGAUAUAAACGAGCUGGCUCAUCACAUCAGGAUCAUGUUCUACAUCAGCGCUGGAGUGGCCACCAUCAUCUUCAUCCUUGUGGUGAUUGUGUUUCAAGAGAGACCAGAGAUCCCUCCCACGCAGGCCCAGGCCCAGGCCAGAAGCAUACCCCCGGACGAGUACUCGUACACGGCCUCCAUCUUGAGGCUGCUGCGCAACAAGCCCUUCAUGCUCCUGGUGGUCAGCUAUGGCCUGAACGUCGGCUGCUUCUAUGCUGUUUCCACACUGUUGAACCGGAUGAUCAUUGAACACUAUCCUGGUGAGGAGGUGAAUGCUGGGAGAAUUGGUCUGACCAUCGUCAUUGCUGGCAUGGUUGGGUCCCUCAUAUGUGGCAUUUGGCUGGACAAGACUAAAACCUACAAGCAGACCACCCUGCUUGUAUAUCUCCUCUCUCUGAUUGGUAUGCUGGUCUAUGCCUUCACCUUGAAUCUGGGUCACCUGUGGGUGGUGUUUAUUACAGCUGGAGUUUUAGGCUUCUUCAUGACAGGAUAUCUGCCUCUUGGCUUCGAGUUUGCGGUAGAGCUCACCUAUCCAGAAUCAGAGGGAACCUCAUCUGGACUUCUUAACUGUUCAGCUCAGAUCUUUGGAAUCAUUUUCACCAUCUCCCAAGGAAAGAUUAUUGAUCGAUGGGGCACUUUAGCAGGAAACAUCUUCCUGUGUCUCUUUCUGCUGAUAGGAUCAGUAAUGACAGGAUUCAUCAAGGCUGACCUCCGACGGCAGAGGGCUAACCUACAGGCCGAGUCGCAAACAGCAAGUAAAAUGACAGCUGAUCUUGAAGGAGGCGUCUCUCCACCUGAAGUCCUGAAAGAGGGGAAGUUGUAAGGACAGACAUUUCUUUCUGUCAGCGACACCGUGUACAGAUAAAAACUGGAAAACUGACUUGUCAAUAAGCACAAACGUGCACAUUGCCACAGAGUAAAAACAUGUUUUAAAAAGCUGCUGUGAAGAGUGAGCACAUGAAGACUUUACUGUAUUGAAUGACCCUCUGACAGGCUUGUAUGGAUGGAGUGAGAACCAGCAGAACUGCUGUACUACAUGAUGUACUGUAUGGACACCACACUCUGGCCUGAACGCCAGAGAUUCACACAAGUAUCCCAAGUGCAAUUUAGCUCAUCCCAAAUCAAGCACAAGUCAAUCAUGCACAUGGGGAACACACUUGGAGCCUCAGAGGUUUUUACAUCCCUUGAUGAAAACAUUUUUAAUUUUAUCCAGCCAGUACUGCAGGUGUUUUACAUGUCUCAUCAGUGCAGUCCAACUUUAGUGACAUUACUACACUCUUUAACUUAAUUUAACUUUUUAGUGUUUCCUACCUUUCACUAUCCCUGAUUAGUGUUAAUGUUGUGCAUCUUCAGAGCAAUAUUUAAGCUGUAAGUGUCUCCUAAUAUUGGACCAAUAUUGUGUGUAACUGAACUCAGUCUUUACAUUGCUAAAGGACUUCAUUAAGUGUUCUGUUUUUAGAAUAUGCAUCUCAAAUGCAGACUAAGGACUGUGAUGUGAUGUCCUGUCAUGGCAGUCAGGCUGCCCAUCGCCUCAACAAGGCUCUCAUAUCAUCUCUGGCUGCCGCACAGGAUCACAUGGAAGUAUGUGACUACUGCUGAUUUUAAGUAUGAUUGAUGCUGUGCAUCUGAGUACACUUUGGAAGGCCAGUUUUGUCCUUGUUUUACUGUAUAUGAUCUCUACAAGAAGACACUUGAUGAAUAUCUGAGCAUAUCUGGAACAUUAAGAAUGUCAGCACAGCACAAAACUGACAGAAAGAAAAGGCAAAUGAAUCUGUUGCCCUUGUCAUUUUGCACAAGAACAUUUCUUCAUGUUUGAUACUCUUAGCUUGUAAAUGUGUUACUGAGAAAUGUAGUUCCUGCUAUAUAACCAGUAUUUGUACAGUUUGUUAUUAACAUAUACUUGAUGUGUUGUGACUAGUUUUAUAAUGAUUGUUAUGUGAUUGUGAACCGGUG